AUGGCCAGGCGGCCAGCGACGAGCCCGAAGACUGGCAGCAAGGUCUUCAGCCGCAUUCCCCUCCUCCCUCCGCUGGGUUCCACCUCCAGCAUCCUCAGACCGCCCGGCCCCCUCCCGCCACUCACCGGCGCCACGUGCACCUCAGGCCCGGAGGCUCACACUCUCCCGCCCGGUACUUCCGCCGCACAAGAGCCUCUUCGGCCACCGUACCGGCACAAAACGGAGGUGGGGAGGGAACCAAAUAGAAACUCGAAUAACUGGUUCAGAAAGCCAGCCAGUCACCCGCGGAAUCAGGGACGCUGUCACCUGCCCGAAAAAGCCUUCAGCGAUGGAAGGGUAUCAAUAAUAUCUAACGUCAACCGCUACUUUACGACAGUUAGGUCUAUUUGCCUACGGCGAGCGGAGGAAGUGACGUACAAUAGCGGCGUCCUUUGCAGCGUGACGUUGCAGGAAGUGCCGCCCCGCGGCGUUGCCCUUGGCGAUGGCUGGCGUCAGGGACCGCCCCUCUCCCAGCGGAUCGGCUUGUACCUGGUGGCAGCUGAGUGGCCGUACACCCUGUCCUCUCAGGCUACGCUGCAGUCCCCUCGCUCGUCAAUUGGUUGCGGCUCCAGCAACUGUGCUGCCCGUGGCUCUGAGGACGUUUGAGCCGCGCUCUGCCGGGAGGUGGAUCUGGCCGCGUCGGAGCUUAGUGGAAGGGCUUGUCUGCGUUCUUUCGAGUCGCUUGUUUCUUCCGGAUCUUUCCAAUAAAUCUUCACUGUUUGUAUCCUGUUGAUGGACUCCCUCUCCAUUUUUCAAUGGUGCAGUGGAAUUAUUUUAUAUUUAUUUUUACUGAGAUGUUGGAAGGGAAGAGAUGUAAACUGUAUAGAAUGUCAGUCAUUGUGAGCCAUUUAUUACAUUUUCUAUUUGUUAAUUGCUGACAAAUUAGGAAAAGUCAUUUUCUUAUGUUGAUUGUGUAUCCAGUUGCUUUAAUAAACUUU